AUGACCGCAAUUGCUACAGACGUUGUCGACAUGUCCAUUGCCCAGCUCACAUCUCAGCCAAAGACAUGCACUGAAAUCGUGCAAAAGGUCCAGACAAUCGGUCGCGCCUGGGACGAGCAUCCGGACUGGCAUGGCCGAGGCUGGUAUGUCCAACUCCUUCUCGCUGUUGCAGGUCUCAGUCGUGUCGUCGAAUGGUGGGAGGCCGAGAAGCAAUUUUGGAACUUUGACGACGAUGACGAGAGCGAGAUGGAGCCCAUGGUCUUUGUCAUGAAGCCCAGCUCUCAACCGGCGAGCGCUAACCUCAGUUCGGCGCGUGAACUGCCAGAGGUCAGGUCCCCGCUGUCCCGUACUUCAAGCUCGGGUACCAAGAACGGCACACCGCUCGACACGGCUGGCGCGCUUUCCGGAGAGGUCACGUCUGAAGGUCUUCCCGAGAAUUCGACCCUAUUGGCGCCCGAAGUUCGACCUAAUUCGACCGAGCCUGAGCAAACAGAGUCUGCCCAAAUUCAAGCCCAAACCGAGGCUGAGAACGCCCAGGAAACCGUUCAAGAAACCGAGACAUUGCGUAUUCGGGCUGAGGAAGCGCAGAUCAUGACGAUCGUUUUGGAACUGGCCUUGGAUGGAGAGGAGCUUCUUUGGACAAAUCGCUCCUGGUCGGAAAUCAUUGGGUCCAACCCCGAAGACGUGAUUGGCACUGCGAUCACCCGAUUACUUGCCCCCGAGGAUGCGGAUGUAUUUGUCAAAUCUACGCGUCAACUACGUGAAGAUGACUCUCAUACUAUCGAGGUGGUGUUCCAAAUGCGCGUCGAGUCCAGCACGCCCGAGCCCGUGUACCAGCAAUUCGAGGGCAAGGGUAUGCUUAUGCUCGAUCGCUUCUCGGGUGAACCAAGCCACACGAUGUGGGUCCUCAAACCGGUUGGGGAAGCCGAAGUCGACGACGUCCCAGAACUCGAGCUUACGCCGGCAAUGACCGAAGUUCCUCAACAGCGCCCACUCGUUACUCUCCGCCGCGCAAGCACGGACUCGCGUCUAGGCCUGCUCCCACGUCCGUUUUCGCAUGCGCCCGUGCUCUGUCGGAUAUGCGAGUGCCAGAUUCCGGAUUGGUUCUUUGAAAAACACAACGAGACCUGCCAUGAGUUGCAUCGACUCGAGGCUGAGAUCGGAGAGCACAAUGACACGAUUUCGGACUUGCGUACUACGAUUCGGGGGUUGACGACGUCUUUGGACCGGGCAUCGCCUGUUACGGUCCCAGAGUAUCGCGGCGUAUCGCUCGUGAAUCCUUCGCCUUCGCCUCUACUUGGUAUGCCUGCACAGCAAGGUAUGAGACCGCACGGACAUGCGACUCAGUUGUCGAAUCGCUUGCAGCGCGGUUCGUUGAGGAAGCAACAGCACCAAACGCUCCAACUGCUCGACGAUAUUUUGCAAAUUGCGCAAGAAAUCACUAUCCCUGCUUUACGUGAAGAUCAACAUGAUAUCCCGAUUGAGCGCCAGAGAUUAAUGUCUCCCCCCUCGGAACGCAAGAUUGAGAUUGUGCAAAAGUGGACCAAGCCUCAUACGGAUGAUCCAGGUUUGAACCGUCUCGGAAACGACGUGUAUGCGGUGAUUCGGCACAAGGUUGAUAGCGUGAACCGGUUGACGAACACGAUUCGGUAUGCGGAAAAGGUGCGCAUGGAGUGGGAGGAGCGGGUCGAGAUGGAGAGAGCCGAGAUGGAGCCGUUGGAGCCGUUGCCCGAGGGCGAGGAGCCAGAAUCUGGGGGAGAGGCAGAGGGUGAAGAAGGUGAAGAGACGGAGGAAGAGAGAACGGUCGAGCAGGUGCGCGAGAGCGAGGAUGUAUCGAGUACGACGUCCGAGUAUGCGUUUGGUCGGGAUGCCCCGUCUGAGCCUACGCCCAUGGCCUCAUCUCCUACUCCAGCUGAGAGCACUGAGCCAGAGACUCCGUCGACUGAGCCUGCUUCCAGUACCGCUUCGAAUGCAACUGCUACAGAGCCCAUACCCAUUGCUACUCCUGCGCCCCGUCCGCCUGCGAUGAUUGUACCGCAAACGCUUCACCAUGGGAUGCUUAUCACCCGUUCUUCUACCCCUUCUUCAGUAUCGUCCCCGCUCGCUACGGCCGCGCCGAUUGUUGCGGCAUCUACCCCGGAACAUAUGUCUUUGAAUCCCUCGAGCGAAUUGAGUCCCCAAACCGACGGGCAGACGGCCAGAAAGACCCGACGGAUGUCCACCAUUCAGCCAAUUGUUGCCAGCCCUGUCGCCGGCUCCAAGGACGGCCCGCUCUCGCCUCGUCUGCCUUAUAGCACAACCGUCGCCCCCCGUCCCACCCCGUCGACGAUCAAAGACUUUGAGAUUAUCAAACCCAUCAGCAAGGGCGCGUUCGGUUCCGUCUUUUUGGCAAAGAAGAAAACGACCGGAGACUACUUUGCGAUCAAGGUUCUCAAAAAGGCGGAUAUGAUUGCUAAGAAUCAGAUCACAAACGUCAAGGCCGAGCGCAUGAUUUUGAUGAAACAGUCCGAGUCUCCGUUUGUGUAUCUGAACGGCGGAGACUGUGCGUCGUUGAUCAAGACUCUUGGUGCGCUCCCCGAGGAGUGGGCGAGGGCGUAUAUCGCCGAGGUGACGCUUGGGUUGGAGUAUUUGCAUGCCAAGGGCGUUGUGCAUCGUGAUUUGAAACCGGACAACCUACUGAUUGACCAGCAUGGACACCUCAAGCUGACUGACUUUGGACUGAGCCGAAUCGGAUUGCUUGGUCGCCAGACCCGGGAAAGCGCCCGCCAUACUCACUCGAUCUCUUCAGAUAGACCUUUCAGAGGAGACAAACCGCGUAACAGUCCAAGCUCACGGCCAACAUCUGUGGAUUCGCCGUAUCUGAUUUCGCCGAUUAUUUCGCCCGAGCAGGGUGCGCCUAUAUCGUACUUUUCAUCCCAUGGACUAGGUGGCUCAAGUGGAACUCCAGGCCUUGGAACACCCGGACUUGGUCCGUUGAUGUUCCCAGAUGAUAUCAGCGAGUCGAGUGGCUCUGAAAGUGUGUCCGGUUGGCUGCCCUGGCGCCGCCCCCCGCGUCCUGCGGAUAGUCCGAUGCAAUCGUUUGCAACUGAUAUGACGCUUGAUUUGAGGACGACCGUGCCUGCAAGCGGAGGUGGAGGUACUCCCCCUGCCAAUGAGCAGCAAAAGUUUGUUGGGACGCCGGAUUAUCUUGCGCCAGAAACCAUUCUGGGCAUCGGGAACGACGAUACCAACGUUGAUUGGUGGGCGCUGGGUGUCAUUACGUACGAGUUCUUGUAUGGGUUCCCACCGUUCCAUGCAUCAACGCCGCAAGAAGUCUUUGACAACAUUAUUUCUCGCCGAAUUGAUUGGCACGAAGAAGAGGAAGACAUUGAAUACUCGCCCGAGGCACGAGCCAUUAUGGAGCGUCUCAUGACAACCGAGAUUACUCACCGCCUGGGAUAUAAUGGCGCGGACGAGGUCAAGUCGCAUCCAUGGUUCACGGGCAUCGAGUGGGACAAGGUCACGACUACUGAAGCCCAGUUUGUGCCACAAGUGACGGACCCAGAGUCAACCGAUUACUUUGACGCGCGUGGAGCGCUCCCGCAGAUCUUCCAAGACGACGAGCCUCAAACUACUGACACUCCUGAAGACCAGCCUGUUACUCCUAGUGGGGGCGCUGGCCCGUCUAUUGCCCGUCCGAUCCCGAUAUCCAAGGAGGGAUCCAUUUCGCAGCCGCCCGACGACGAAUUUGGAGCUUUCAGCUAUAAGAAUUUGCCCGUCCUCAAACAGGCCAACGACGAUGUGAUCCGGAAGAUGCGAACAGACCAGAUGGCACCGAUGACAUAUACGCUGUCGGAUCCGACACCGCAACAGCAGCAGCAACACAAUAGGCGCCGAAGUGUCUCGCAGAAGAUCAAGAAACCUCUCAAUUUAGAGUCUCGAGUUGCUCAGAGCGGUUCGACGAAUCCUCCAUCACCUUCCACGUCGACUUCGUCGAUCGCGUCAUCCCCAUCUCGCGGAAGCAUACAACCAUCGACUCCGGCCAGCAGCAUGAGUGGACAUGUACGACGUCCGUCCGAGUUUGGAGCAGUGGAGCGCUUCAAGUCGAGCCACCUUGAUAGUGACGGGGUCAGACGAAACUCGAUGCCCAGCCGGUUAAGAACGUCGUCUAUAUCGAGCCAGGAUAUGAAUGCGACAUUGCCUCAGCAACCUCCCGAAGAACAAUGGACAGGCGAGCCCAGAGCGAUUUCUCCAGUCCAGUCCCGUCCAGCGAGCGUCGUGCCCAAAAUGCCUCCUCCGGCUCCACCGGUUCCUGUUCCUACGCAGUCGGCACCGCAGUCGGAUCGCGGCCUGGUGGUACUGAUUGCAGAGGACAAUCCGAUCUCGAGCAAGGUUCUGGAGACACUCUUGACGCGUAUGGGGUGCCGGUGUGUCGUUGUCGCUGACGGGUCAGAAGCCAUCAGUGUAGCAAUGGGCGAUAUCAAAUUUGAUUGCAUACUUAUGGACUAUCAGAUGCCCAGUGUGGAUGGGGAGGUGGCCGCGCGGUUGAUCAAACAGACCAAGAACAAGAACUCAAACGUGCCGAUCGUAGCUGUAAGCGCUUACAAUGGCUACGAGGGUGCGUUAUCGCAAGGCAUCUUUGCUGCGGCGUUGCCCAAACCGCUAUCCAAGACCGACUUGUUGAACACUAUGAAGGCUCUCGGGUUCAAGACUUCACACGAUGGAGCCAAAGGAAAGCUGUCUUCCACCAAGCCUUCUUGA